CACAGUCAAUCGUGAAAAAUGUGGAUGUGGAAAGCAUUUAUUUAACCCCUUUUUAUUGUAGAAGAAGAUAGCAGAUCAGCUCAAACACACGCCAACUGUUUGUGAAAUUGUCUCAGAGAGAGAGAGAGAAAAAUAUCUACAAGAGCUCAAAGCUUUUCCGAUUCAGCUGAGGGCUGAUUGUAAAGAGGGAAAGCGAAAUGAUGGGCCGUUUCGGAGAGAAGUUCACGUCCUUCUAUAACAAUCGGUGGCUGGUUUUCGUGGCUGCAAUGUGGCUGCAAUCAUGCGGCGGCGUUGGUUAUGUAUUCGGGAGCAUAUCGCCGGUGAUCAAGAGCAAUCUGAGCUAUAAUCAGAAGCAAGUUGCGAGAUUGGGGGUGGCCAAGGAUUUGGGUGACAGCGUUGGGUUUUUACCUGGGAUUUUAACGGAUUUUCUGCCGCUGUGGGGUGUUUUGCUGGUUGGGGCGAUUCAGAAUCUGAUUGGAUAUGGUUGGGUGUGGCUGGUUGUCACUGGAAGAACUCCUGUCUUGCCGUUGUGGGCCAUGUGCAUUCUUAUAUUUGUGGGAACGAAUGGUGAGACCUAUUUCAAUACAGCUGCACUCGUGUCUUGUGUGCAAAACUUCCCAAAGAACCGAGGUCCAGUUGUGGGGAUACUCAAGGGUUUUGCUGGGCUGAGUGGAGCAAUCUUGACUCAGGUAUAUGCAUUGUUGCAUUCUCCCGACCAAGCUUCUCUGAUAUUUAUGAUUGCAGUUGGUCCGACAAUAGUGGCCAUUGCGCUGAUGUUCAUCAUCAGGCCUGUAGGAGGUCACAAGCAAGUAAGAUCGUCUGACGGGUACAGUUUCACAACCAUUUACGGUGUCUGCAUCAUUUUGGCUGCUUAUUUGAUGGGGGUCAUGCUCGUACAAGAUCUUGUCUCCGUGAGCGAGACUGUCGUUACAAUCUUCACUCUGAUUCUGUUUGUCCUUCUGUUGUUCCCUAUUGUCAUCCCUAUCACCUUGAACUUCCGAGACCCAAAACCACCCGAAGAAGAGUCACUUCUCAGCCCAGAUAAUCAACAGUCGAGCAGAUCCGGAGAUGAGUCUCCAGAUAUCAUAUUCAGUGAAAUUGAAGAUGAAAAGCCAAAAGAAGUGGAUCUCCUUCCUGCUUCGGAGAGGCAAAAGAGAAUCGCUCAGCUUCAGUCGAGACUUGCCCAAGCCGCUGCCGAAGGAGCAGUGAGAAUCAAGAAACGAAGGCCACACCGUGGAGAGGAUUUCACUAUGAUGGAGGCAUUGGUUAAGGCUGAUCUUUGGCUUAUCUUUUUCUCUCUUAUGCUAGGUUCCGGUUCUGGUUUGACUGUGAUUGAUAACUUGGGCCAAAUGAGUGAGUCUCUCGGGUAUGACAACACCCAAGUUUUCGUCUCCAUGAUCAGCAUCUUUAACUUCCUAGGCCGCGUUGGUGGUGGCUACUUCUCUGAGAUAGUCGUCAGUGACUAUGCAUACCCAAGGCCUAUAGCCAUAGCCGUUGCUCAAGUCUUUAUGGCGAUUGGACAUUUUCUCUUCGCUAUGGGAUGGCCUGGCUCGAUGUACGUUGGAACUCUCCUCGUUGGCCUUGGCUAUGGAGCACAUUGGGCCAUCAUACCUGCUACAGCCUCCGAAUUGUUUGGUCUGAAAAAAUUCGCAGCUCUAUACAAUUUCCUCACCCUUGCCAACCCUGCAGGUUCUCUGAUAAUGUCAGGUGUUCUCGCGAGUUCCAUAUACGACAGUGAAGCAGAGAAACAAGCUCACGGAAAAAAUUACAUACCUCGUGGUAUAUCCUUCUCGUUCCCAAACUUCUUGAGAGCUGAAGAAACACUAAAAUGCAAAGGUACCAUUUGCUUCUGCGUGACUUCCUUGACCCUGUCGGGGCUCUGUGUGGUUGCCGUCAUCUUGAGCUUGAUUCUUGUCUAUCGAACGAAGUCAGUGUACCGUAACCUCUACGGAAGUUCUCGGAGGUAAGGUGAUGAAUACUACCGUGUCUGCAGUUUAAUGCAGUGUUAUCUUGUUUUGGUUGUUUGUAUCGUUUCUUCACCAAUCAAAGCUCUAGCAGCAAAGUUUGGUUGGUUGAAGCUUUGUGAUAUAUUCUUUGAUUACAGGAUCAAAUUAUUUGAGUGACAGUAUGAUGUUUUUUAUUGUAUUUGGUAAUGCUUUCCUCAUUUUCUUUGGAAGAUAUGGAUGACCAAUGAUUGAUUGUUGUA